CCACACCACAACGGGGCACGCCGCGGAAACUUGUGAGACAGCUCUGCGCCGGUCGUCGCGUCGCGUCGCGCCGUCCUCCUCCUUCUCGCUCGGCGCCCGGCCGCCGGCUCGUGCUCCGGAGGCCUGCCUAGAGCCCGCCUGAGCGCAUCCACUCGGCCGCUCCCUCUCACCUCGCCCCAGAUUCCAAACCCUAGGGUAGUACGCGGCCUUGCGGCUGGCAACGGAGAAUACGGCGUCUGGUGCGGAAAGGGCUUGGGAGUUUGGGCGCUUGGCAGCGGACGGUGUGCCAGUGCGCGAGCGCGACCGUGCGAGGUGGGUGGCUAGCGGCGACCGAGACUUGCAGUUUUGUGGCGCUUCCUUCCUUUCUGGACUGAAUGGAGCAAGGGGAUAAUCAAUCAGCUGAAAACUUACUCGUUUCAUCUGAUAAUGGUAACGAGUUGGAAGAUUUACCUGUGAAGGAAAGAUGUUUUGAGCAGAGAGAAGCACUUCCCGAGGAGCCUCGCUGUGUUGUGUGUGGCCGAUAUGGUGAAUAUAUAUGUGAUCAGACUGAUGAUGACAUCUGCAGUGUGGAAUGCAAGACAAUUCUUCUUGCUAGGCUUGCUGCUAAAACAAAACCAGCAACUAAAGAAGCAAAAUGUGUGAAUCUUCCUUUUGGUGAUGAGAGUUUCUGUAUUACGGACAAUAAUUUUCCUAAUAUACCUACUUUGGUUGCCAGCCGGAUCACUGCACUGAGAAGUAAACUUGACAUUUGUGUCAAGGGUGAGGCUGUUCCUGAUCCUAUCAUGUUUUUCUCUUCCUGUGGUCUUCCUGAGAAGCUUGUGUGCAAUCUUGAGACUGCAGGAUAUUGUAUGCCUACUCCAGUGCAGAUGCAAGUCAUCCCUGCAUCAAUGAGUAAUAGAAGCUUACUUGUUUCUGCUGAUACUGGUUCAGGGAAAACAGCAUCUUUUCUAAUCCCCAUAAUUGCACAUUGUUCACGAGUAAGAUCGCACCAAUGCACAGGCAAGCUAGGACCUUUGGCUAUAGUUCUUGCUCCAACUAGAGAACUAUGCCUGCAGGUGGAAGAGCAAGCAAAAGUGCUUGGAAAAGGUUUGCCUUUCAAAACUGCUCUAGUUGUUGGUGGAGAUCCCUUGGCUCAGCAAAUUUACAGAAUUGAAAAUGGUGUUGAAUUAAUUGUUGGCACCCCUGGGAGGCUAAUUGAUCUUCUGAUGAAACACAAUGUUGACCUUGACAAUGUUUGUAUAUUUGUCUUGGAUGAGGUGGACUGCUUGCUAGAGAGGGGAUUUAGGGAUCAGGCUAUGCAGAUUUUUCAGGCACUUUCACAGCCCCAGGUUAUGAUGUUUUCAGCAACAUUACAUUCAGAAGUUGAGAAGAUGUCUAACUCACUGGCUAAGAAUGUGAUACGUAUCUCUUGUGGGAACCCAAGCAGGCCAAACAAAUCAGUUAAACAAGUUGUCAUUUGGGUGGAGUCUAAGCAGAAGAAGCAGAAGAUUUUUGAGAUAAUGAAAAGUAAGCAGCACUUCAAGUCUCCUGCUGUUGUGUUUGUGAGUUCCAGAGUUGGCGCUGAUCUCUUGUCUGAAGCAAUUACUGUUGCUACUGGAUUGGAGGUUGUUUCUAUUCAUGGUGAGAAGAGGAUGAAUGAGAGAAGAGAGAGUUUGACAAGGUUUUUGACGGGAGAAGUAUCUGUCGUUGUUUCUACUGGGGUCCUGGGCCGUGGAAUGGAUCUCCUGAAAGUACGUCAAGUGAUAUUGUUUGACAUGCCAAAUUCCAUUGAUGAAUAUGUUCACCAAGUUGGAAGGGCAUCUCGGAUGGGUGAGGAGGGUAUGGCUAUUGUGUUUGUGAAUGAGGAGGAUAGGAGGCUUUUCAAAGAGCUUGUUCAGGUUCUGAAGACUGCAGGAGCUCCAAUACCCCGAGAACUUGCAAAUUCAAAAUACACAACUGGUGUUUCUCUUGGUAGCGGGAGGAAGAGAAAAUCGAGGUCUCGUCCUUGACCAGGAUGUAUAAAAGAGUUGCUGUCAAUCUUUCUUGUAGUCAAAUAUGUCACUAUUGCAUGUUUACUCGGGACCUGACCCUUGCUAUUCAACAGCCAAUUCAUCUGAAGAUCCAUCUACCUAAAGACAAGUUGAUUAUCUAUGGAAUUCAUACUUUUCCUGAAAUUUUCAGACAUGUGCUGUCCCAAGUCACAACAGGGGCAAACAGUAUAAGAUGAUUUCUCGGUGCAAGAUGUCUAGGAUCAAUUCAUGCUGGAAAUAUGAAGAAGAUACAAUAUAUGUAAAUGUCAACAAGAUGAUCGAUUUCAACAUCAGUAUCAGAGUCAAGGUUGAUCGAUCCCGGUGAUGUCGGCUCCUACAAGUGGUGCGGCUCUGAGUCCCCGAAGGCAGUUCAACCGCCGCAGCUCCCCAUCGCCGCCGCCAUGACGAUUGCGACACCGAGACGUCGGUGGACGCUUUGCGGUCGUCUAGCCGUGUGGUUAAAGAGGUUAGCGGCACGUUAUACCUGAUCCUCACACGGAGCAACUACGCCGACUGGAGGUUAUUUUUACUUGUACACAUCGGUUCCGUUCGUGGUCUGUGCUACAACGACAGGAGCUUCGUGAGCUGGUACUUCAGCAUAUGAACGCCUGGAGAGAGUGGCUAGGGAGUUGUUCAACCGGUUUGGACGACAGUUUAGACUUUACAUUCAAAUUUAAGUAUAAUAACCAUGGCUGAGGGGAUCUAUUUCCAGCUUGUUUAGCUCUUUUUCGUGAUAGUCUUAGCAUAUUUGGUGUCUUUUGUUUUUUUGGUUGUGUGCAUUGUUUAUAUGCAGAGGCUAGGGGGAGGGAGACUCUUGUACGGUCGUAUCACCUUGAUGUAACGAUGAGAGUUAAUAAAGCUUCACAUUAAGCAGGGA